UUUGGUAUUUUUUUCGCAUGUGCGAUACAAAUGUGAACCACGAUGGUUCCUAGAAGAUGAAUGAAGAGAUUUGCAACAGAGAGCUUUAUAAAUAAAAAGGUUCUGUGAAGGGGGAGGGGAGAGACAAAGACAACGAUAACAAAAUACAUUGUGAGUUUUGUGUAUAAUAAUGGGAAGCGAAGGAGGAUCGUCGAUGGUGAGGAAACCAAGGUUUUUGUGUCUCCAUGGAUUUCGAACGAGCGGAGAGAUAAUGAAGAUACAGCUUAACAAGUGGCCUAAAUCUGUAAUUGAUCGGUUGGAUCUCGUGUUUCUCGACGCGCCUUUUCCUUGUCAAGGCAAAUCUGAUGUUGAUGGCAUCUUCGAUUCUCCUUAUUACGAGUGGUUUCAAUUUAACAAGGAAUUCACAGAGUAUACCAACUUCGAGAAAUGUUUGGAGUUUUUGGAAGAUCGUAUGAUCAAGCUUGGUCCCUUUGAUGGUCUCAUUGGGUUUUCUCAGGGGGCAAUUUUGUCUGGGGGUUUACCAGGAAUGCAAGCUAAGGGAGUUGCACUUCAGAAAGUGCCAAAGAUCAAGUUCAUCAUAAUCAUUGGAGGAGGUAUGUUGAAAUCCACGAAGCUGAUAGAGGAUGCGUAUUCUUCUUCCUUGGACACUCUCUCCCUCCACUUUUUAGGAGAGACUGAUUUCUUGAAACCUUACGGAACCGAGCUGAUAGAAUUCUUCAAGAAUCCGGUUGUCGUUCAUCAUCCCAAAGGCCAUACCGUCCCGAGGCUUGAUGACAAAAGCUUGGAGAAAGUUACUGGCUUCAUCGAGACCAUAGAGCAGCAUCUAGUGAUGGAGGAAGACAAGAAGAAUGGUGAAGAAACUGAUAGUAAGCCGAAAUUGAAGUCUUAUGAUGACGAAUGAUUCUUUCGAAAAAAUAAUCCUGAAAAUGGUUGUAAAUAAUAUCUGGCAAUGUAACACGCAAACAAAAAUAAUAAGACGAUUGCUUCUUUCCUUGAUU